CUCUGCUAGGUGAAGUGUUGUUUACAAUAAAUGUGUAAAAAUAAUGUCAAAUCCCACAGGUAGUAGGCGUAAUAGAACGAUGAAAAUAAGAUUAACAAUUCUCUGUGCAAGAAACUUGGCCAGAAAAGAUCUAUUUCGGUUGCCAGACCCAUUUGCCAAGAUCAGUGUGGAUGGGUCGGGACAAUGUCACAGCACUGACACCUGCAAAGCAACAUUGGAUCCCAAGUGGAACCAACAUUACGACUUAUACAUUGGCAAGGGAGAUGGGAUCACGAUCAGUGUAUGGAACCAGAAGAAGGUCCACAAAAAGCAAGGAAGUGGAUUUCUAGGAUGUGUCAAGAUAAUGGCUAACACUAUCCAGCGUCUGAAGGACACUGGGUACCAGCGACUGGAGCUGUGCAAGGCGAGUGCUGACGACCCAGACGUGGUGAGAGGACAGAUAGUUGUGUCCCUGCUGUCCCGUGAUGGCGGAGGGGGUGGAGGUGGCGGGGGACACAAUGCUGUAGUGGACCGUGACGGGGCACUCAGCUGUCCGGCAGAUCUGCCCCCGGGCUGGGAGGAGAGGCGCACCUCCGCCGGCCGACUGUUCUACGUCAAUCAUCACACCAAAACAACACAAUGGGUGCGGCCCAACAGGCCUCAGAUUAUGCUGACUUCAAGCCCUGAAAGUCCCAUCAGCAACUCAACGUCCAACGAUGCUGAGAACAUUCCACAGAACAACAACAGCCACCUAGCCAAUCCUAACCAGAGGAACAACAGAGAAGAGCCACCUUACCCGAGACACAUCCCUGGCCAGAGACGGAGCAAUCGACGACAACAGAGACAACAUCAGAUACAGCAGCCGACCGACCUGCCACAUGGUUACGAGCUAAGGACCACACAACAGGGUCAAGUGUACUUCUACCAUGUCCCUACAGGCAGCAGCACCUGGCACGACCCUCGGAUACCACGAGACUGCACUGCAGAGCUCAGUCCAGAGGUGUUGGGUCCUCUACCCACUGGGUGGGAGGUGAGACAGACAGCCAGUGGUAGACUGUACUACGUCGACCACAACAACAGAACAACACAAUUCACUGAUCCAAGACUGUCUACCAGCAUCAUAUCCAAUAUCAUCAAGAAAAACAACCCCACAACACCAGUUGCUCCACCUGCUGGUGAGCCAAGCUCGGCCCCCACCACUACUAGCCCUGCCCCGCCACCACCAGCUGAAGGCGAGGCACUGCCCAAAUACAGACGUGACCUGGUGGCCAAACAGAAGAUAUUGCGGGCAGAACUGACAGCAUUGCAACCCCAGAGUGGCCACUGCAGACUGGAGGUGUCAAGGACGGAGAUAUUUGAGGAGUCGUAUAGGCUGAUGAUGAAGAUGCGGCCCAAGGAUAUGCGCAAGAGACUGAUGGUGAAGUUCCGAGGGGAGGAAGGACUGGAUUAUGGAGGUGUAGCUAGGGAAUGGCUCUACCUUCUGAGUCAUGAGAUGCUGAACCCCCAGUACGGACUGUUUCAGUAUUCCAGAGAAGACAACUACACCCUCCAGAUCAACCCUGACAGCAGUGUCAAUCCGGAACACUUGUCCUACUUCCACUUUGCUGGCCGAGUCAUUGGCGUGGCUGUGUUUCACGGACACUAUGUGGACGGAGGGUUCACCACUCCCUUCUACAAGAUGUUGCUCAACAAGCCUAUCACGCUGGAGGACAUUGAGGGAGUCGACCCAGAACUGCAUAGGAGCCUCACUUGGAUGUUGGAAAAUGACAUAACUGGUGUCAUUGAUACAACAUUUGCUGUGGAGGUGAAUAGUUUUGGCGUUCUGAAAGUUCACGAGCUGAAAACUGGUGGCAAGGAAAUUGCUGUCACAGAAGACAACAAGAAAGAAUAUGUCAAGCUGUAUGUCAACUACCGGUUCAUGCGAGGUAUAGAACAACAGUUCCUCUCACUACAGAAAGGCUUCACGGAGGUGGUGCCUGCUCAUUUGCUGAGGCCGUUUGACGAACGAGAACUGGAACUCAUCAUAGGAGGCCUGGGAAGUAUAGACAUACAGGACUGGAAGGCCAACACCAGACUCAAGCACUGUACGGCAGAGACGCCAGUAGUCCAGUGGUUCUGGCAGAUAGUAGAGUCGUACAGUGAGGAGAUGCGAGCGAGAUUGCUGCAGUUUGUGACUGGGAGCAGCAGAGUGCCGCUACAGGGCUUUAAGGCAUUACAGGGUUCAACCGGUGCUGUUGGCCCGAGACUAUUCACUGUUCAUGUCAUUGACGCACCUCAAGAGAACCUACCGAAGGCGCACACCUGCUUCAACCGCAUCGACCUCCCAGCGUAUGACAGUUACCAGCGUCUCCAAGAGAAGCUCACACAGGCCGUCGAGGAGACGUGCGGUUUUGCCGUCGAGUAACACGACACAACCGCAAGCACGCCACUGUUGAUAUUAUAGUAUAUAUAUAUAUAGUCUGGGACUGGAAGUGUGUUUUUACCAAUGAUAUGGUUGGAACAAAUUUGGCUCUUAAACCUUCAUGGAUUUUCUUUUAAUUAUUAACUCAAACAAAUAUUCUCAUAGAGCUGAUUUAUUUUAUCAUUUAGUAAAUGUGUGUUGCUAUUUAUGCUUUAAACAGUUUUAAUAUUUGUUUUUAAAGUUCGAUCAAAGUAAACCCUCACACCCAGUUCCAGACAGUUGUUAGAAUUUUGUAAAUUAUAUUCGCCCGCUUUAAGAGUAUUUUUAUAAAGGAGAUGUGUUGAUGAGUGUUUUAUUGUUAGUAUUUGGUAGCACUGAUAUUUUAAUACCUCACUGAAGUUGGAAUGCAAUCGAUGGUGGUAUAAUUAUUUUUUAGUUUGUAGAAGUGAAGUUCACUAAUAUUUUAUCUGUCGACAAUAAUUUCAGUAACUUUGAUGUUAGUGCUAAUUUUGUGAGACAAUAAGUCUGGUUUGUAAAUAUGUGAUGUUAAUUUGGUAAGAAAACCACAGUAUCUAGCAUGAAAUUAACUGUUUUAAUUGAAAUACCAUAUUCAUUACUGGUUUGCUUUACCAGUUAAACUUUAGAACAAAUGGAAAAUAAUUUUACCUAUGGAAAAAAAUUAUAGCCUGUGAUGAACUAUUGCAAACUUUUAAAUUAAAUUAAACACGUUGGUCUAUAUUCUUUCUUAUAUCUCAAUAGUGGAAAGAAACUAUUUGAUGAAAUACUCCUGUUGUGUAUAUAGACAUUGUGUAUAGCUAUGUAUAUAGAUAGGUUAACUUAAGAUAUUUCCUUGCAAAUAUUUUUGUAAUUUGUAAACUAGGUUUUUGGGCUCAGAGGUAUUGCUGAAUUUUUUUGUAAGUUCAUGACAAUUUCAUUGGAAUAUUUGAGCAGUGCUAUAUACAUAAUGAUUAGAAGCGAUGUUUCAAUUGAGAAUCUCUUACAAGGUCUAUUGAAGCAUUACAAUAUUUUUAGUGCAGUAAAGAAAUACCCCCGCCGCAGAAAACCUACAGACAGCAAUAUCCAUUUGCUUAAUUGAAUCGUCAAUAAAAAUACCUGGGGACCGUGCUUUGCUCGAGGUAUAUCAUCUCACUGUCCUCCAGUCAUAAAUUAAAAACCUCUUUUACUUGGUUUAAAACUAUCUUUUGUUGAUGUUUAUGAUUACAAUUUUCAUUGUUAAUUCGUUGCCAAAGUAGUAACCCAUAAAGUAAGAAUGUAAAACUAAAUUAAUUAGGUACCUUACCGUAAUCCCAUCACAGCUCAACAAUUUUUGUCAAAUUAGGACAUGUUUCGGUGUUAAAACGCCAAUCCAUAAGGUAGGGAUGUAAGACUAAAUUACUUACAUAAUCCUGUCACAGCUCAACAAUUUUUAUCAAAUUAAGACAUGUUUUGGUGUUAAAACACCAUCGUCAGCUUCAGAUACUUGUAGAGUUGAUCAGUUGUAGACAUCGUCAAAACGUUAACACAGUACAGCUCGAACAAAAUUUCGAUAAAGUACAAAGAGAAACAUUGAAACAUUUUAAAACAGGCCUGUUCUAACAUAAGUUGACCGACCGCACAGGUAGUAAGGGACAGACUGGACCAGCUUGUCUAUCCUUAUCAAUUGUGUGUGUGAGAGAUAUAUUGGGCAAGAGAUAUUGUUGUUAUAAAGAAAAAGGAAACUGUUGUAGUUUGUUUGUUUGUUGAUUAAUUUUGAUUAAGUUUGACAAAUUUAUUUAUUUCAUACCAACAAACCAAUCUAUUAAUAGUUUAGCAAUAAACACUUGUUCUUUCCCUGUAGUAGCAAAAUUAAGUACUCAUUAAAUCCAACUAGCUGUAACCCUCGGGCCUCACCCCGUUUGACUUCAUAAGUAUUAAUAAAACUAUUGAUAGUUAAGCUGAAACAAAACAGAAUACAGUAAUACAAACAAAUAAUCACACCUGAUUUUAAUAAGGUAAUAAAUUGAAAGAAUAACAAACAAAUAAGUACAGCUGAGGUAUUUUUAACAUAAGGUACAUGGAAAGGUAUAUGGAAAGUUCCCUUUAAAAAGGAAUUACAACCUUAAAGGCCAAUUUAUGAAAUAAUGGAUAGUUUUGCGCAAGGUUUCUCGGCAUGACGAACAUUUCAGUAUAGGGUUUAUGGGGGUGUGACUUUUAGUUUUCUCAAAAGUUCAUGGGUACUUUGGGAUUUAUAUAUGGGUGUUAUUUAAAUAUGAAAUAAAUCUGUCAAGUUUAGGAAAAUAUUUUAGAAAAUGUCCAAUAAAAUCAAAUAAAAAUCUGCUUAGUUUUCAAGUUUGCUGCGACAGGGUAAUUUUGGUGUUUAAGUUUGUAGAAUUUAAGUACAUUAAAAAAAUGUAUUGGAGCAAAAUGGAUGUGCAGAUUUAAAUCGUUUAAUUUUUUUGGAGUUCACCUUUUGUAUUGCAUUGAUCGAAGAACAAUUUUUUAUUUUCACUUAUUAAAAUCUUACUCUGAUGCAAGUCUGAGCCCAAAACCUACUAGACAGUGUGAUAUUGUAGAAUAGUAUCCCACGCUUGCCUUACAUCCCUACCUACGCUUCUUCAGCACAAAGUCUACCGAGAAGUGCCUUUUGGUUUAAAGUGCCUAAUCGAAUCUACUUAACACUAAAGACACAUGACAAGAAAAAUAGCAAUGUGCAUUUUUAGAUUAGUGUGUUUUCAAUUCGACAUGUUGUGCUUUUCAAUACUGCUAGUUCUGACUUACAUAAAGGAUUUGCGUGCAAUAAAGAUUUAUGUUACCAUUAAUACAUCAGUUAAUACUUGUUCCAUAGAUAAUUCAGUGAAGAUUUUCAUUGCUAAAUACAAGUUGUUUAUAUUAUACAAUAACUAGCUCAUUGAUGGAUUUUGGAUAAUAAUUAAACUGUCCUCAAACAUAUCACAGAGAUUGCAAAUAGGAAGUAUGAAAUUACCUUAUGAAGGUGCUAAAGGCGUGUCUUUUAAAGUUAUCUAAAUAAAUUUAUAAACUAACUGUAUCAUGUAUUUUGUUUUAUGCACACAUAAUGCACAUCACGUUUAUUAACACUUACAAUCAGAUAUUAUUACAUGUACAUGUAUGUUUACAAAUUUAUAUAUGGCAUUUUUAUCAAAACAACACUGCCAAUUUAGCUCAUGAUAUAUUUGAAUGGGAAAACUUCAAAUUUUUGUAUAUUGUUUUGUAUUAUUUGUUUGUAAUGUAAUAUUUAUGUACAGUAAUAAAAAAAAAUAUUGAGAAUGUUUUAGAGUUCAUUUCUUGUUUAAAAACAUCUAACUCACGUAAUGCACUGUGAUUUAUGUUUUAUUUUCACUUCAAAAGUUUGCUUUCUCAUUUAGUUGUAUAUUUAUUAGUCCAUGUCAACAUAAUAUAUUGUUAAAAUAUUUUAUUUAGUACCAAUCUGAUAAUAAUAGUUAAGUAUAAGUGAUAUCUUUAUUGAAAAGAGAUAAAUUAUUGGAU